CUUAUAGGGUGCCAGUUCUUCAACAGCCUCUUCACAUCGCCUUGCACCUGCAGCCGAGCAGAGAGCAAUGGAUCCUGGGUACUCCUCCUACGUAGCUUACACAGUUUACCCUGUUGAGACCGUCCCACUGCAGGACAGGAGACAUGAAGCGUCCCCUGGACAGCCUGGGGAUCCCACAGGAGUUCAGCACACCGUAGUGAACGUCCCCACUGAGCCUCCAACUGAUUAUCUGGUCUGGUCGCUGUGCAACUUCGUCUAUGGAAAUAUUUUCUGUUUUGGAUUGGUGGCUCUCAUUUAUUCUGUCAGGGCCAGAGACAGGAAGGUGGUCGGAGAUCAGGACGGAGCCAGACGUCACGCCUCCACUGCUCGCGCUUUCAACAUCACAGCGACCGUCCUGAUGUCUUUACUCGUCUUUCUCUCCAUUGUUGUGCCCCUUGCUUUAAUUGCAGAGACGACAAGAUACCGUUAUAGAUAUUAACUCAGUAACUUUUGUGAGGUAUGAGGGGUUUUCAAACACCAUGACUCGUCUGCUUUUCUGGUUUUACUUUGGUGCGUCAAAUAAAACUGU